GCCGGGGCCGAUUACGAUCUGCCCAGAUCGAGAUCGCGGAGAAGCACAAGUAUUGCUCGAUCCAAGAUCUGCCGCGCACUCAAUCUGCAGCCACCGCCGACGACCAUGAACGAGGACGACCAACUCGUCAGCGUGCUGCCCAUCCGCUACUCUAACGCGCUCGUCCCGGAUGUGCACAUCCACCAGUAUCCACUGCUCACGCGUCCACUUCAAGUGCCUCCUACGGCCGCUGCCAGCGGGAAGCGCAUCAAGGCACGACUGAAGCCUGGCGUGCGAAGGCUAGAGCUGCAUGUGCCUGUGGAUACACGUCCGGAGGUCUGGAAUGGGGAGCGGUCCAGGGAUUUGGGAAAGGCUAGGGUGGAGGAUGACAAGGAGAAGAACCAAGCCCUCUUGCAAGUGAAGCAGAGAGAAGGGGAAGAGCCCAGGCUCGCCGAGGCGCGGAUGCGGAGUGAACAGGUUCCUCAUGCGGGCGUGUACGUGCUGGGCAUCGUGCGGGAUGGCCAAUUGCAUCUACACCCAAUAAGCGAAACGCACCAGCUACGUCCGACGUUAACUUACAUGGACGUAUUGAACCGGAAAAACAGACGAGGCCGAGGAGGUGCCGGUUCAGAUGAUGACUCCGACGAGGGCCCUCCGCCAGACCCUGACGAGCCGGCCCCCGCGCCUGCACCCAAAAAAGAGAAGAAACCUGCCGGCGGAGCGAAGGAGCGACGACAAGGGUCCUCAGCCCAGGGAGGAAUGACACAAGUGCGACGGGACAUGCUGAAGCUCAUCCACGACGAGGAGGAUCAAGAGUGGCAGGAUUAUCAAUAUUGCGACGGAGAGGCCGAGGAGUCGAAUAAUGCGUUCGACUCUGUCUUCUCGCGUAGUGACGAACAACUGGAAUGUAAGACAGACAUAACUACUGUGCUGAAAGAUAUCAAAGGCUUGUGACAUCUCUUGACACGAGAUCGUUCUCUGGAUCCAAUUGCAAUGGAUAACACAGUCAACGACUACCGGGACUACAUACGACAGCAUCAUAGUGCUCGAGGGGUUCUCGGCGCGGCUCUACAGUGCUUGCUGAUAAAUUCGUGUCCUGUACGCCCUGAAACGAU